AUGCUGUUCAAACACAAGCAACAUUUCAAGACAACGCUAGCAAUCUAUGCACUUAAGAAUCUAUUCCGCUUCAGGUAUCACAAGCACGCGCAUAACUAUACGGUCGCGAGGUGCAUCUCAAGAAAGUGUGAUUGGAGAAUCAUGGUGAAGCAAGUUUGUGAAUCGCAGACGUACGAGGUGAAAAAGGCACAUCUAAAGCACAUAUGUGAGGUAGAUGUAAGAGGGUCAUAUACAAAACACGCAACAUCAAAAGCUAUAGCAGCAAUGCUGAGAUCGAAAUAUGAAUCGUGUGUUCGACCCCGAUCCAAGGAUCUUCCGGCGGUGGGACUAAAGAACUUGCAAUCUCGGAUGCAAACGAACAAAGGAGUACAUGUAUCUUCUGAAGUUGACAGUGAGAAUGACGAGUCUUGGCUAUGGUUCUUUGAGAAGCUGGUAGAUGUUAUUAGCGAUGGGGCGGACUUUACAUUGGUAUCGGACAUGGCUCCGUCAAUAGCUUCAGCGAAGGAGGUACAUUAUCUGCUAACACAUCACGGAAGCUGUCUUCUACAUAUUCAGAGGCAUGUCAAUCAGAAGUUCACUAAACGGAGACAGUAG